AUGGGAAAGACUCAGAUAGAAGAGAUCAGGGCAAAGCCUUUUAUUUUCCUUCCAGCAGGUAUGGAAGACCAUGCUGUUUGUGAUAAUACUGUUGGCAGUCCUGAGGUUGAGAUAAACUACCUAAAUCAACGGGUGCAAUCUAAUGAAUCUGGCAUGCAAGAGUUAGAGAGUUACUUGAAAGUUUUAACAAAGCUGGACUUGGACUUGGCAUAUUCUUCUGAGAAGUUGGCAAAUCUCCAUGUACCUCUUAUAUACCUGUUGGCUCAGCAGAAUGAUCUCGAGGCAAUGGCCACCGUCAAUAACUAUAUUCUCGCGGACUUUAUUGAGAAAGUAUUGGUAUUCAAUUUCCUUUCUAGCAUUCUAGAUUCUGAGGUAAGAGAGCUAGACAAUUUCAUGGAUGCUCUCCAAGCAGGAAUUAUUGAUGCCCGUAAAAAAAUAUCUUCGUGCAGACACUUGGGAAAACUGUAUUCUAUAAUGGAAGGAAAGUUAAAUGAUUCUGAAGAAUCACUAAAGCAAUCUCAAGAUCAGAUUUCAGAGCUUAAGAUGCAGUCAGAAAGGUUUCAGAGAACCGUUCUAGCUUUUGCCCAUGAGAAUUGGAAAACUGACAUUGCCAUGGAUUUAUCAGAAAAUGCUCAACAGGCGAAUAAAAAUGCAAAGUCAAAUUUAAAGAUGCCUAGACAACAAAGACAUAAUCUGUGGAUGCUGGAGAAAUCACUUUCAAGAGAGCUAUAUCUUGAGAAGAAAUUAACUGAAUCAAGACAAAAUGAAGAAGAACUUAAAUUAAAGCUACAUCAUACAGAACAGGUAGCAUUUCACAUGGAAGAAGCAGCAGAAGUUGUUUGGGGAAGAUUUUUAGAGGCAGAGAAUGCUGCUGAGGUGCUCCAGGGGAUUUCAAAGGAAUUAUUAGGUCGACUGCAGCUUAUUCAUUUUAAUCUAAAUGGUUCAAUUCAACGAGAAAGCGAGCUAAAAUUCAAACUUCAAGCUAGUUUAGAAGAGCUGAAAGCAAAAGAUACUGCUUUGCAGAAGCUCAAGAAUGUUCAUGAAGAGAACAUUAAGAAAGAUGUUGAACUGUCUGCUUUGAGAGAAAAGGUGGUGUUCCUUGAGAAACAGCUGAAAGAAUCAGAGCUCCAGCUGAAGAGUGCAAAUUCCACCAAUGAAUCAAGUCAAGAGAAACUUGGGGAAAUGGAAAGGUUAGUUGAGUCUUUGAAAGAAAACAUCUUUACAACAGAAGUUAAGGCUGAGAGCGCAGAACUUAAGGUUGCGGAAUUAACAGGAACGAAUGUGGAACUCACUGAAGAGAUGAGUUUUCUAAAAGGAAGUGCUAGUAACACAGAAAAAAGAAGAACUCAUAACAGAAUCAAGUUCAUGAUGGAUAUGGCAAUGCAACUAGCCAUAGAACGGGAGCGCAUCCAAAAGCAGGUGCAUGUCUUAAUGAUGGAUAAAAAACUGCUGGUGGAGAAGCUAUGGAACACCAAAAAGGAUGCAACUGAGUGCAACAAUGAAGACAACAUCCACGGAAGCUAUGACAGAGUGGAUGAACCAUCAGAAGAGGCACCCGAGUGUGAUACUGAUGCAGGGGCUUCCAGUUCUGCUAGCAGCAUGGUUUCAGAACCUGAGACUUCCCGAGAGUGUCAGCUAUGUAUUUGCUUAACCAGGAAGGAACCUUUCCUCUUUGACGAAUUGUGA